GAGUGGACCCGUGUUAAUAACCUGCACGCGGACUCUCUUCUCCUGUGGGCGCGCUCGUGAACUGCAGUGCUGGUCGCGCGCUCCUUCAUUCACCGCGGGACUCGGCGGGAGUCGCUCAGUUUCUCUCGGUGAGGAGAAGAGAUCACUAAAGCAGCCGUUUAAACUGGCUCUCGUCCAUUGUGUUGUAGACUUCGUUAGAUGUUAGAGUUUAGGUCGAGUUUCAGUCGAUUUAAACGGAGAGCUCCCUCCGAAAGUUACAAGCGCAGUUCUGCGCGUGUACGUUUCUUUUCAGUCAGCUGUUAGUUAGUUUCAUUGAGGAUUUUCCUUCUUUUUGUCGUUGUCUACAGUUAGUUUUAUCUACAGGUUAAGAAAAUGCCGAGAGGUUUUUCGUCGAAAUAGCUUCCCCGUCACGCUUGGUCACUUAUUUAUUUUGGGGGGUCGGCUAUUUUAGUGGAUUUAAUCUGUGUCGUGUGAUGUUUGCUGUGGAAACUUAAACCCUUUACUUGGCUUAAGCAGUUUUGACUGAUCUUACUGGUGGCUUUUCACAGGUGAAUGAGUUUGGACAGCUGUUCCCCAUCAGUUUUCCGUCUUCAAUGGUUUGUCUAAAUUUACCGCUGGAGAUCCUCCUUUGACAGAAGUCGUUAAAAACUUUCUGAGUGUUUCAGUUCUUACUUCUAGUUGCAAACAUGGAUAAAUACGACGAUUUGGGACUUGAGGCGAGUAAAUUCAUCGAGGACUUGAACAUGUAUGAAGCAUCGAAGGACGGCUUAUUUCGCGUGAAGAGAGAUGCGGGAAACAACCCGGAUUUUGAAGAAACCAGAAAAGUCUUCGCUUCAAAGAUGACCAAAAUACACACGCAGAAGCAGCAAGAGGAGAUGGCAAGAAACAGUCUGGCGGCAAGAAUCAAUGGAAGUCACUCGAAAGUGUCAGAUAACACAUUUUACACCAAAGACAGACCACCCAUCAAUAGUUAUAGACAGGGUGGUGAAGCAGCCAAACCACCUAUCAUGUCUGGACCAAUGGUUGGCACUGCCAGUGUGACUCCAUACAUAUCUUAUGAAGGACAAAAGCAUAAUUUGGCCAGCUUACCUGAUGGAUCCAGCAACAGGGUCUAUGACAUUAAGGAGACUGGGAAUGCUGUAAACCCAAUACCAGUGCCAGCCCGAUCGGCACCCUCUACCAGCCCCCCUGGCACAUGGGCAUCAAGAAGUGUUUACCCAUCUCAGACGCCAUCAUCUCCUUUCUCCAACAGUUCCUCCUCUUCCAGCUCACCUGGAGCAGGUCAGAAUUAUUAUCCAGUGUCUCAGGGAUUCCCUCAAACAGGGAAGUCUCCCUCUCAGUCGCCCACAGGAACGUACAGGGAUGCAUAUCACCAGCCGCAACAGGUUAGCCCUGUUCAGCACCAACUAAGCUCUGCCCAUAGGCCUGCCAGUGGACCAACAUAUCAAAAUGGGGGAGCUCAUAAUAUUGGCACCCCCUCCUCUACCCAGGUGACCCAAUCUCCAUUGUCUCAUGGAGGGAAGCAAGGUGAGCCAUCCCAACCCAAGAGCUCUGCACAUGGUAACCUGACAGUGCCCGCUUCUGCCCCUGUUGAGUCGCCCCAUGAUGAGUCUUCCAGCCCUUCUCGGGCACUUAAGCUGCCAUGCCAGACCCUCCAUGUACAGACGGAUCAGGGGCCAUCUGUGGCUGAAAUAAAAUUAGAAGUUCUAACUGAACGCCUGGAAAAGGAGAUGGACGCCCAGCCAAAGGCUGAGUACUUUGGCAGCUGUGUGAAGUGCAGCAAGGCAGUGUAUGGAGCGAGUCAGGCGUGUCAGGCCAUGGGCAGCCUGUACCACGACAGCUGCUUCACCUGCAGCGCUUGCAGUCGAAAGCUGAGAGGGAAAGCCUUUUACUACGUCUGUGGGAAAGUCUUUUGUGAAGAGGACUUCCUGUACUCUGGGUUCCAACAGUCUGCCGAUAAAUGCAAUGUUUGUGGACAUUUAAUCAUGGACAUGAUCCUGCAGGCGCUGGGAAAGUCUUACCACCCAGGCUGCUUCCGCUGCGCCAUCUGUAACGAGAGUCUGGAUGGAGUGCCUUUCACUGUGGACACCGACAACAAGAUCUACUGCGUGAAGGACUAUCACAGAGUUCUUGCUCCUAAAUGUGCAGCAUGUAAUCAGGCGAUCCUGCCCUCUGAGGGAUCAGAUGAAACCAUUCGAGUGGUUUCCAUGGACAAGGACUACCACGUGCAGUGUUAUCACUGUGAGGACUGUCAUAUGGAGCUGAAUGAUGAGGAGGGUCACCGCUGCUAUCCUCUGGAAGGACACCUGCUGUGUCACGGGUGUCACCUCAAACACAUGGACCCUGCCGCCCCCCUGUCUACAGCUAACAGCUACCACAGUCAGUUUUAAACAUCUGCCUCCCCCUAGUGGGUGUUCAGAGACUUCAACGUUUGCCAAAGAUGCUCGCUCAGAUAUCCACUCGCCAAAAGUCACAGCUGAGAUUGAGAUCAAAAACUGUGUGAGACACAUUAUUAUAUAUGUAUUAUGUCUGAA